UGUAAGUCAGACAACGAGAGGAUAUUAAGAAAAAUAAUUUUGUAAAAAUUUUUGGAUUCAAUUCAAUCCAACCAUCACAGCUUCUGUUUAUUUUUCAAUCCAAAAAAGAGCCUCCAACACAGACUUAUUUGUAUUUUUCUCUUUCCAAAGCGAUGCUUGAAGCCUUGAAUGAACUGCUCACCCCUUUUUUUGAGGCUUUUCUUCUCUAUGCGCAGCCACGCCGCGGAGACGGUUGUGAUGUUUUGGACGCAUGAACCGACGGAGAAGUCCUGGGUUUUGGGCUGGUAAGGUGUGGUUGUAGCUACUGAUGUUUUAACCUUUGACUAUCAAAUGCUGACAUGAGUCAGAAGGGAAAAAAAAAAAUUAUACAGACGCUUGUACAUUGAUGCUUGCAGCACUUUAACCUUGCAAGAUGUUCUCAUUGUCUGAAUCAAUAAGACCAAAGAAUGGUUAAUUCAGCUGAUUUGGUUACUAUUGGCAUCUCUGCUGGCCUGGCUAUUGGAAUUUUGAUAGCUUCUCUUGUAUUUUGCGGCAUAAGGUGGUACAAAAAACAUUCUCAUCUUCGACGUUGUGCAAAUGAGCGUUGCUCAACAGCUCUUCCUAUACGCACUAAUGGCCUAGAUGCAAGCAUUGACUCUAGUGCGUCUGUCUCCAACUCUAUAGCUAUCCCAGGGUCAGAGUUCCCUGCCAAAGAUUCUCAUCUCUUUUGGUGGAGUCAUCGUCAUGAUAAAGAUCAGCUUGCUUCAGCAUCUGGCAUACCAAGAUACUCCUACAAGGAUAUUCAAAAAGCAACACACAAUUUCACAACUAUUUUGGGACAGGGGUCAUUUGGACCAGUGUAUAAAGCUACAAUGGCUACAGGUGAAGUUGUAGCCGUAAAGGUGCUUGCUUCUAAUUCAAAACAGGGGGAGAAAGAGUUUCAAACUGAGGUAUCUUUGCUAGGUAGACUGCACCACCGGAAUCUUGUGAAUUUGAUAGGAUAUUGUGUAGAUAAAGGCCAACACAUGUUAAUUUAUGAAUUCAUGAGUAAUGGAAGCUUGGAAAACCUUCUAUACAGUGAAGAGGGACAGGGUUUGAGUUGGGAGGAAAGGCUGCAAAUUGCGCUUGAUAUUUCACAUGGAAUCGAAUAUCUUCACGAAGGGGCAGUUCCACCCGUUAUACAUCGGGAUUUGAAGUCUGCUAAUAUAUUGUUGGACCAAUCCAUGAGAGCUAAGGUUGCUGAUUUUGGACUGUCAAAGGAAGAAGUCUUUGAUGGCCGUAACUCAGGCCUGAAAGGUACAUAUGGCUACAUAGACCCUGCCUAUAUAUCCUCUAACAAGUUCACCAUGAAAAGUGACAUCUACAGUUUUGGUGUUAUCAUCUUUGAACUCAUUACUGCAAUCCACCCACACCAAAACCUAAUGGAGUUUGUCAAUCUUGCGGCUAUGAGCCCAGAUGGGGCUGAUGAAAUACUUGAUAAGCAACUUGUGGGAGAAUGUAAACUCGAAGAAGUAAGAACACUGGCCAGCAUCGGACACAAAUGCUUGCACAAAACACCAAGGAAGCGCCCAUCAAUUGGAGAGGUUUCACUGGCUAUAGCAAGGAUAAAACAAAGGCGUUUUGCUAAAGAACAUACCAUUUCUUUGGCAGACAGUGAUCUUUCACGAAUGGUAAGCCGGAUAGAGAAUCAACAAGUUGAGUUGUUUGAGAUAGCCAGCUUCAAGGACAAAGCCACUGAAUAGCAUCAACCAGUUUGUAUUUUCUUUCUUUUGUACUCAUCCCUCCUAGUUCAGUUCUAGCUUUACUCAACAUUGUUGCACAUAAUGCUCAAAAUAUAGAGAAAUGAAACAAGAAUUGGAAAAUUUUCUGAGUAUCAAUCCCACAGGCUCGCUCUGGGCUCAAAUGGCCAUGGAUUUUUCACCAGUAAGGAUGAA